AUGCCUUCAGCCAUUAGCGAGCACAUGAAUGGCACCCAUGUGGUGCCGCCUAUACUGCGAGGCACAGUCAAGCACGAUCCGGACUUCAAUGUUCGCAACAUUAUGAUCACGGGGGGUGCUGGAUUCAUUGGCUCAUGGGUAGUCCGGCAUCUGACUCUCACCUAUCCACAAGCAUAUCAUAUCAUCUGCUACGACAAGCUCGACUACUGUGCCACACUCAACAACACCAAAUGUCUCGACAAUGCGCACAAUUUCUCCUUCGUGUUCGGCGACAUCACUGACCAGGCUGCUGUCCUCCGCUGUAUCAAGGAAUACCAAGUCGAUACCAUCAUGCACUUCGCUGCGCAGUCUCACGUCGAUUUGUCUUUUGGCAACUCCUUCGCCUUCACAGAGAACAAUGUCUUCGGAACACACAAGCUACUCGAAGCAGCUGUGAAGUGUAACGUCAAAAAGUUCAUCCAUGUCUCGACCGACGAGGUCAACGGCGAGAACGAAACCGAAGAAGCAUUCACUGAAGAAAGCCUGCUCAAACCGACGAAUCCCUAUGCAGCUAGCAAGGCUGCUGCGGAAAUGUUCGUGAAUGCGUACUCGAGGUCCUAUAAGCUUCCGUGUAUCAUUGUCCGGAGCAACAAUGUUUACGGACCUCAUCAGUAUCCUGAGAAAAUCAUUCCCAAGUUUUCUUGUCUCCUGGAUCGUGGUCUCCCACUGCCACUCCAUGGCCAAGGGACCGCUCGUCGCAGCUUUCUUUACGCCUCAGAUGCGGCCGAUGCGUUCGACACUAUCCUGCACAAAGGUGUUCCUGGAGAGGUGUAUGUCGUUGAAUCUCAAGAUGAGGUCGGUAAUCUUGACCUGGCUCAUCGCAUGCUCAACAUCUUCAACAUUGCCGAGGCCGAUCAUUCCACGUGGAUCAAUCAUGUGGUUGAUCGUCCUUUCAAUGACCAGCGAUACAAAAUGCAUGCUACGAAGCUACCAGCCUUGGGCUGGCAACAGAAAGUCAGAUUUGAGCAAGGACUCGCUGACACCGUGGCGUGGUACCGUCGUUGGGGUAGACAUUGGUGGAAGGGCACCGAUGCUCUUUUCAAGACCAGUCUCGCGCAUCCGGAGGUUGGCGGUGAGGGUAUCCCUGGUUCGGGCAUGCCCCGGACGCCUCUCAUCGAAGUUCAGCAAGACCGUCUAUUCGCUGCAAAUGCUGCGGCUGGCACUGCUCAUGUUCCUGCACCCAACGGCAAGGAGAAUGGCGGCAAGGAUAUCUUCCAGGACAAUACCGAAAGCGCACCUCAAUCUGGCUUCUUGGCACCCCCAACACCUGCGAUCAUGAACUCGAUCGCCGCCGAGACUGCUAUCAAUCUGGCUCCUGCUGCACCAGAGCUUGCGAAGCGCAACACUAGGAAGCGCGCCAGGGAGAGUGAGGAAGAUGAAGGCAAGGAGAAUCAGGAUGUGUCGAGCAAGCGACAGAUGCUGGGCGAAGACCUUGCUGCUGGCGGCGAUACCGUCCGCUAG